GUAUGUACAACUGAUAAAGCAAAACCAUAGCUAUGGAAUGAUGGGGAAAGUUAUCAUUCUCUGGGAACAAGGCAAUGAAGUUAAUGCUUCCAGAUACAACUCUUUUAAUUAUAUUAAUCUGUCAAAUCAGAGAUUAAAGACAGUACCUUACAGUUUAGAUAUUCAUGACCCAUUGAAAAUACUGCUGAGUCAUAACAGGAUUGAAACAUUUCCAGUCAGCCCUCCUGUUAUGGGAUGUUCCAAAUUAACACACCUUGACCUCAGUCACAACCUGUUAUCAGCCCUUCGAGAAGAAAUACGUCUUCUUUCAAAUCUGAGGAAUCUCAAUGUGUCCCAUAACAAACUUCAAUCCAUUCCUCCAGGUGUAUAUGAAUUACUUUCAUUAACAGUUUUUGACAUGUCACACAAUUUUGUCCAACAGCUACCUCCAACGAAAUUCCCAAGUUUGGAGUGGUUGGACUUGUCUUCCAAUAAGUUCCAAACUGUGCCAGACAGUAUUUUACAAACACAAAGUAUCACAUACCUAAAUCUGUUAGGAAAUGAUAUUUCAUCCCUCCCUGCUGAUAUAGUCAGACUAACAAAUCUUGAUACUCUCUGUUAUGAUAUAAGAAGGCUACAGAAUCUGAGCCAUGUGCCAUUUGAGUUGAAGACCAUGCCCUGGGGCAUUGAAUGGACUGUUAACUGUAACGAUAUGCCUAAUAGUACUUCUGCUGGGAAUAAAAUUCAUUUCAUUGUAAGACCAAAGGUAGGAUAUUUGCAAGUCAAAACAAAUACAAAAGAAGUGAGUGAAUGUGGGGUCUAUGAGCAUUUACAGUAUGAACUCAACAGCACUAUCAAUUGCUUUGAGGAUACCCUUAGGGAGGUGAACCUGUCAAACUGCAAUAUUCAGUCUUUACCAGAGCAGAUGUCUUUCCUUUCAAAGUUAACAAAACUUGAUGUCAGUAAUAACAGGUUGUCAAGUUUUCCUAUUACAUUACCAGGUUUGCAAAGUCUACAAGUUCUGAAUGUUUCAAAUUGUAGUCUUACUGUACUACCAGAGUCAAUAGGAGACAACCUUCCCUCUCUUACAAGCUUGGACAUAUCCAGAAACAACCUCAAGACUCUGCCAAACUCCUUAUCUAACCUGCCUAGAUUAGAAAUAUUGUCCCUACAGUACUGUGGUUGUCAUCAGGUAGAAUUUCUGGCAAAUCUGACAUCAUUAAGAUAUGUUAAUGUGGACCUUGCUCAGCUUAUCAGUAUUCGUGUAUGUUGUUUGGAUCAAUUAUCUGCAGCAGGAACCACCGUCAGUCUGAUUCACUGGGAGAUGUUCAGUCACUUACAGACGUAG